AUGGGUACGAAAAAGGAUGGGAAGCCAAAUGUGAUCAUCAGACUAUAUACGCCCAUAAGUGAUCCAUACAUUCAUGGUCACUUUGAUUUACUUCUGAAGACUUACCCACAAGGAAAAAUGAGCAAAUAUUCUGUUGCUCUUCGGCCCAGAGACACUUUGGAAAUGAAAGCUCCUAUUCCCAAGCUCCUAUAUAGCACCAACAUGAAAGAACAUAUUGGGAUGAUUGCAGGAGGUACCGGGAUCACACCGAUGUUUCAAGUGCUUAACGAGAUCUCAAAAAAUCCAGAAGAUAAAACACAGGUCUCGUUGAUCUAUGCCAACUUGACACCGGACGACAUUCUACUAAAGAACGAGCUCGACAAACUAGCUGAAAAGCAUCCAGACUUCAAGGUUUUCUAUGUUGUCGAUAAGCCAACGCGUUACUGGGGAGGAGGAUCCGGCUUCAUCACGAAGGACAUCCUGGUGAAGGGACUACCACCUCCUUCGGACGGCAAUCUCAUCAUGGUGUGCGGGCCUCCAGGCCUCAUGAACCACAUCUCCGGCGAUAAAGCACCAGACAAAUCACAAGGACAAUUGACAGGUCUCUUGAAGAGCAUGGGUUACACCGAAGACCAAGUGUACAAGUUCUAGGCAUUCUUUUAUUCUCAGGACAAGAACAACACAAUACAAUACAAAGCUCUUUAAAGUCA